UAUAAUCGCCAACACUGAAGGACGCCAGACGCGAGCUGUAAACGCCACGAGAGCGAAAAGUUCAGUCCAGGCGUCCCUACAUUUUGUGUGCCCCGUUUAGAAGAGUAUAGCAACAGUUGCUUCGAGACCCCCGCGCGCCAUAGUGACUGUAGUCGUGGAGACAGUUACUUACCAACGGGAGCAGCACGCGGCAGCACUCGGCAACGGCGGCGGCGACCGGGACCGCGAGUGAGUGAGGAAAAGAGUGAAAGAGCAGAGCCAAACACACGGCAAGCUACAGGUGAUGGUCAGACAGAAGUUAGUUCAUCUGCAGCUAAAAUUAGUCUCACCUGCAGACUCCUCAUCUGUUUUUUAUGGUCCAGUAUGCAGAACUCGGAGGGAGGGUCUGACACGGUGCCUGGCGUUGCGCUGCGCUCGGCCACCUCAGCCCAAGCCCCUGUUGUGCAGCCAGUCCCCGCCUCUCAGCAGAGAGUACUGGUACAGGCCACAGGCUCAACCCAGAAGAGCGCUACAGUGCAGCAGCUGCCUGUGUCCCGAGUACAGCAGGUCCCCCAGCAGGUUCAACAGGUGCAGCACGUCUACCAAUCCCAAGUGCAGUACGUGGAUGGUGGAGAGGCAGUGUACCCCAACGGGACCAUACGCACUGCCUACUCAUACAACACUGAUAGCCAGCUUUAUGGUCAGAGCAGUGGGACGGCCUACUUUGACACUCAGGCAGGUGGUGCCCAGGUGACCACAGUGGUGUCAUCAGCUGGUGGUGUGUCUCCCCAUGGCAUGGUGGGCAUUGCCAUGGAUGUAGGAGGUGGUCAGAUCAUCUCCAGUGGCAGCAGCGCAUACCUCAUCCAUGGGGGUGGCAUGGAGGGAAGCCGACACCACCCUUCCCACUCCUCUCGCUCCUCAUCUGCAAUGCUUGAAAUGGCGAUUGAAAACCUCCAAAAGUCUGAUGGGAUUGCAACUCACAAAAGCAGCCUGCUCAACAGCCAUCUGCAGUGGCUGUUGGACAACUACGAGACAGCAGAGGGUGUCAGCCUGCCCCGUAGCUCCCUCUACAACCACUACCUCCGCCACUGCCAGGAACAAAAGCUGGAUCCAGUUAACGCUGCCUCCUUCGGCAAGCUCAUCCGCUCUGUGUUCAUGGGCCUGCGCACGCGUCGCCUGGGCACCAGAGGAAACUCCAAGUAUCACUAUUAUGGAAUUCGCCUAAAGCCGGACUCACCACUAAACCGGCUGCAGGAGGACUCCCAGUACAUGGCCAUGAGGCAGCAGCCCGUGCACCAGAAGCAGAGGUUUAAACCCCUACAGAAAGUGGAUGGUGUGGGAGACGGCCUGUCUGCAACGACACAGCACUCAUCCACCACUCCUGAGCAGUCUGUGGCUGCCCAGAGCCAGCAACACCAGCAGUACAUCGACGUGUCCCAUACCCUCCCCCCAUUCCCUGCCCCGGACCUGGGCUCCAUCCCGUUGCCUGAGCGUCUUAGCAUGAAUGAUGUGAAGAAGCUCCAGACUCUGUACCGGGAUCACUGCGAGGCCACUCUAGACGUUGUGAUGAACCUCCAGUUCCACUACAUUGAGAAGCUGUGGCAGACGUUUUGGAAUUCAACGGCGCCAUCUACUGAUGGGGCCACGUCACUUCCUAACAGCGAGGAAGAGACGGAGGGGCCCAUCCCCAGGGAGAAGCUGGUGGCCCUCUGCAAGUAUGAGCCACUGAGGAUGUGGAUGCGCAGCUGUGACCACAUCCUGUACCAGGCUCUGGUGGAGAUCCUCAUCCCUGAUGUGCUACGCCCUGUCCCCAGUACUCUCACGCAAGCCAUCCGCAACUUUGCAAAGAGUCUUGAGGGCUGGCUCACCUCAGCCAUGAGAGAUUUCCCCCAGGAGAUUGUUCGCACCAAGGUGGCAGUGGUUAGUGCCUUUGCUCAGACACUGCGUAGAUAUACAUCCUUGAACCACCUGGCACAGGCAGCACGCGCAGUCUUGCAGAACACCUCGCAAAUCAACCAGAUGCUAAGUGAUCUCAACCGAGUGGACUUUGCUAAUGUGCAGGAACAGGCCUCAUGGGUGUGCCAGUGCGAUGAGACCCUGGUACAGCGGCUGGAGCAAGACUUCAAGGUGACACUGCAGCAGCAGAGCUCACUGGACCAGUGGGCAGCCUGGCUGGACAAUGUGGUGAACCAGGUGCUCAAGCCCCACGAAGGCAGCGCUAGCUUUCCGAGGGCUGCGCGCCAGUUCUUGCUCAAGUGGUCCUUCUACAGCUCCAUGGUGAUCCGAGACCUGACCCUGCGCAGUGCUGCUAGCUUUGGGUCCUUCCACCUCAUCCGUUUGCUGUAUGAUGAGUAUAUGUUCUACCUGGUGGAGCACCGUGUCGCCCAGGCAACUGGCCAGACACCCAUCGCCGUCAUGGGAGAGUUCAGUGAUCUCAGCUCAAUGAUACCCAUGCUUAGGAAUAAAGAUCCCUCCUUCUCAGAUGAAAUGAGUGACCUGGGCAGCGAUGGGGACAUCUCCCGGAGUGCUGGCGAGCCUCCAGUUAAGCGCGAACGCAUUGACACCAAUCACUCGCUGCAGGAGAUCUGAGCCUGGUGGCCCAGCACACACAGGUCUGCUAAAGCAGCACCAACUGAAGUUACAUAUACAGGAGCAAGGAGCUCUUCAACCUCCCACCAACAGUUAUAGUUUGUAUUAAACAUGUAUGUUUACAUCAGCAUCUCAAAAGAUCUCAUGCUGAUGAGAGUUUGUGAAACUUAACUGAGAGGUUUGGUUCAAAUUCUUGUUUUCUCUUCUGUAUUGCAAGCCAAACUGUGAAAUCAAGGAUCGACUUUGUGCAGUACUCUGUUCCUGUACAUCUUAGCGUUUUAAUACAUUUGCCAUAGUGUCUUUUUUACUUUUUUUUCCCCAGUGCCUUAGAUGGAAAAAGCUCUCACCAUCAUGAUGGCAGUCUUCUCCCUGUGCCUGUCUCUCUACCAGUGUGAAUGUAUAGUUCCAUGACCUCAAAAGUAAGAAGCACCUUUACACUUGAUGUAGGUGUGAACUAUCUGUGGCCUCAGCUGUAGCCAGCAGCUCAAAGGACAGUGGUGCAAACCACUCUCCUUCCUUACAUGUUGUAGGAACUCUGAAAUAUGGUCCUGUUACAAAGACCAUAAAAGACUGUUUUCUCUCAUUGCUCUCAAGGGUGGAUUGGCCCUGGGGAAGUAUUUUUCCAGUCACAGGUUAGUUUGCAGACUUACCCCUAUGUUUUAGGUGUAUUUUUUUUUUUUUUUUUUUUUUUUUUUAAUUAAAAAAAAAAAAACCUGUACCGGAGGUGCAGGUUUUCUAAAGUGGGAACACCCAUGUGUUUACCUUCUUCCUGUCUCAAAUCUUUCCCUAGUCAACACUGAAAAGCAACCUUUAGCAGUGGUCCUUUUUUAUAGCAGCAUCAGAGGGCCAUUCAUUGGACCAAAUUUGUAAACUAAGCCUUAGAUUUUCAUAACUCAAUUUCAUGUAAUGCAGCACUUGCUUUGAGCUUUGUGGACUGCAUAAAUUAUUGACAAGAGUGGUGUUGCCUACAUGACAACAGCCUACAAGACCUAUAUUUUAUAUCUGCUUGACCAUAUUCAGGUUACCAGGUCACCUAACCUUAACUAACUGAUUCCUCGGGGGAGCAUGGCAUGUCUGCAUAUUGAGCAGUCUUUUUCAUGCUUAAGAUUUGAUUGUAAACCUGUGUUUUGUAACACAAUAUAACAGUUUAAAUGUUUUAAACAGUUUUUCCUUCCAUGUUCUGGUGUACAAAACUAUGAAACUAUUUUCUAUUCAUUAAAUCUUUGUCUUUUAAGGGUGAGGUAAUCUAUUGUUUAAACUCUUCUACCCAGUAUUGUCUUGCCAUGAACUUGGCCUCAUUUACUGCCAGUAAUUCAGUCUGUUGUGCAUUAUGGUUGUGAUGAGAAUGAAAUAAGUCACCAGUGUCUGGUAUUAAACCAAAAAUGUUCAGAAUGCCCCUCCCUGGGAAAUUUAAAAUUGUUUAACUUGUUAGCUACUACUAGUCUCUCUUACUGGAGUCAUUUCAGGCUUCUGGUGACGUGUUCUUGCUAGUGUUGUGCCUAUUACCCUGUAAUUACCUUGAUGGGGAAGGCAACUUCCUCUUAACUUGUUUGAAUGUGUGUUGGAAACCCCUAUUAAAACUUGGCUGGGAGGUUCUAUUUCUAUGGACCCAGUCCUGGUUCUAAUUAAAUGUAAAUUGAGCAUUUAUUUUUAUUCAUUUUUAAACCUGUUCUUGACUACACCUAGCCUGAAGCCAGACUGUGGUCUGUAACAACUUGCAUAGUUAAGCGGUAUUUUGUACUGGUCGAACUGUGUAAUAAAUUGGUGUAAACAUAUAUUUUUGGUUGUGGUUAGAAAAUGAUUCAAUAAAAAAAGUUUGUUGGAAAA